AUGUAUUGUCAACAGCGCCUUGUUGCAUUUCUCUAUGCGGUGUUAGGGGCUAUCUCCAAUACUACCCAAGAAAGCCCACCUGAAACCCCAUACAACGCAACAAGUGGCCAUGCUUAUCUAGCUUCGUGCUCCAGUAUCUUGACCGAUACUUCAGAACACUUGUCGAUAAACCCAACCCACGGCCCGGAGGGGCCAGGCUGUGCGGUAUCAUUGUCUUCUUCCGUGUGCUGGAAAGCAAUACCAGGGGCCUACACACAGAGAGAAAACAGGACUAACCAUGCUCAUGAUACUCAUACAGCUAAGCCGACUUUCAGACUCAGCUUGACUAUUGCAAGUUCUGGAGAAGGGCCAAUAGAUCUACAUCAAUGCGAGACUAUGAUGGAACAGCUCAUCUUCGAAAGCCCAAAGUAUAGCAUUCAUAAUUCGAUUGCCAAUGCCCGCUUUUUGGUGCCUCCUCAACUUGAGGAAGCUGCCCUCCAAGUAUACCGCAUGAGAAGGAGACUGUGGCAAAGGAAGCCACAAAGCGAGAAUGAUAAAGUUGAAGCUGAGAAGGUCCCGCAAGAAAAUCCUCCGACGCAAGGAUACCGUGGGAUUUUGGAAUAUAUCAUCUCGAAAAUGGGGCAUGGCAUGAGUCGACUCAAAAGGAGCGAGCAGAAUACGUCCAGCGCUCUGCUUCCUCUGGCCCCGAGUAAGAGACAGCUGCCUGUCCAACGGGACCUGUACAGCCUUGGGCCUACUUGCGAGGAUAAAAUCUGCGAGGAGAAUGAUUGGGAGAAUAUAUGUAUCCCAGGUGCUAUUCCAGCAACUAAGAAGGACCAGUGUCUUAUGUGUUACCCGCGAAAGCAUAUGGCGCUUGUACAGGACUAUUGUCAACAGCAAAAGUAUAGAGAGCUCGACAUAUUCUAUAAGACAUGCGCACUCUUGGGUGCAUCGAUAAUGGGGGCUACACUACUAUACCUGCUCCGUGAGAUAUACAGGCGGCUUCGAAUGCGAUACCAAUUUCUUCAGAGCAUGUGUCGUCGCAGCCAACUAUCGGGGAGCACUACCACGAAACCCGGGCUUUCAUCUUUGAUCCCUGGGGUCCCCAAAGCGUGGAGAGAACCACGACAUGUAUCAAAUGGCACUGCUGACAACACUGGAAGCUUUGCAGCUAGCGAUACGAUUAUCCAGCAGAGGUUUAGGAGACUUGGUCCAUUCACAAAAGAAACUCGCAAGAGGGUCCAGGACAUCUUUGACCUGGAAUCAUUUGAGGGAUAUCAGCAUGAGCCAGAAUUGGGAACUAAGAUACCAGUGCUACCGCGAGCUCGUAAUGCCAGUCUACGGAAGCAUGCCACGGGCUCAAGAUCACGCACGAAUCUUUACUCCGAUGGAAAUGGCGGGCCCGGGGGUAAUGGGGUGGAGGACACUAGGACUUUCUCAAAGCCUACACCUCAACAGAGUUAUUUUGGGUGUGGCUAG